UUCUCACUAUUUUUUUUUUUUUUUUGCUUGCAAACAUAUAAAAUCAAGACUGCCUUCGAGUACCGAUUUAAAAUUUUAAUGCAACUAAAGUCCAAUCAAAUCAAAUUGUACUUGGGACUUGGAAGUACAUAUAUAAUAUUUAUUAGUACAUCUAGAUUUCAAAUUAUUGCCAAUUUUUAUAAUCUAAAUUGGAGGCUCGUAAAUAUGUGAUUUGAAUAUUGCAGAAAACCAAGAGUGAUUUUUUGUAGGUACAAAAUUUAAUCUUUUUUGCAGCAUUGAAAUUCACUUUUGAGCCAGAAAAACCAAACCAUAAAAUGUUUAGCACCUUGUUUUUGAAAAUAAAAAAAUAUCUAUAGGAUAAUACCUAAACCAAUUCAUUAUCAAUGAGCACAAAUUAUGCCAAACAACUUUUUCGUAAAAUGCAGAAUAAGUAAGUAGGUACCUACACCUAGAAAAACCAAGUACCUAUUACCCACAGAUAGCUUAUCACUUCGAACUCCCUACGAGCUCUUUACUGUUUACUUGCUUAUUUUCGUUGUUACAUCAGUAUCUCUUCAAAAUGGACACGGAUCUGAUGUCAUUAUUGUUCUCAAAACGUUUUCUCGUAGCGUUUUUGUUAUUUUUUAGUUUUAUGAAUUUUCAAAUAUUAAGAAAUAAUAUUAGUAUUACUGUUGUGGAAAUGACUUCGAAUAAAACAAUAGUCAAAGGAAACGAAACUAUAAUAGAACCUGCUGACUUCGACUGGAAUUCAAUGACCGUUGGUUUUGCGUUAAGCAUAACAGCAUGUGGAGGUCUUUUGGCAUUUUUCGGUGGCUUUUUCGUAGAUUGGUUCGGAGGAGCUGUGAGUUGCGCAGUGUUCUCAUUUAUUGGAGGUAUCAUGACUACACUUCAGCCAGUUACGCUCAAACUGGGGUUCAAUUUAUUUCUAGUUUGUCGAUUUAUCGCAGGAGCAUUUGAGUCUUUCUUUUACGCAAGCUCUAGCGGUGUAAUUUUACAUUGGUUCCCACGAAAUGAAAGAUCAUUUCUGGCCGCAUUUAGCUUCAAUGGAGUAAAUGUUGGAGUGGCAGUUGCUUAUCCUUUAUGUGGAUAUUUGGCUUACAAAUGGGGAUGGCAGAUUGUAUUUUACGUUACAGGCGCAUUAGCUGUGAUCACGUCACUUAUUUUCGGAAUUAUCGUAAGGAAUCGACCUUCGGAAGACAGUUGGAUUUCAAAAAAAGAACUUACAUACAUUCUUGAAAGAACUGAUGAUAAUCUUGACACAAAAGUAAAUCAUCCAUUCAAAAGUAUUUUCACAUCAAUGGCAGUUUGGGCUUUGAAUAUUUGUAUGUUUUCAUACAUUUGGGUAUCCACAGUUACAGGAACGUGUUUGCCUUUAUACAUUAAAGACGUUACCAAUAAAAAUACCGACGAAAUAGGAAUGCUAUCUGCAAUUCCAAAUAUCGUUUUCAUUUUCUCAGUUCUGUUCGCGGAUUUAUUUAUGAACUAUUGGAACGAUCAUAGCGGCAGUUCAUUCACAUUAACAAAGAUAUACAAAAUAAUGAUGACUUCUGCUUGUCUCUCGACGACUGUUUCUUUCGCUAUUCUCGUACUGAUCCCAAAUUUCAUCGUGACAAUGAUCGUGUUUGUUGCUAUUCAAAUUGAGACGUCGUUCAUGAUAACGAUUAUACAAAAUGUUGUGGUGAAUUUAUGUCCAGAUAGCGCUAACAUAUUAUUUGGCUUAGUGGUGUUUAUUUUCUCAUUGGGUACACUCAUUUCACAAAGCGCUACAAGUUCAAUGGUACAAAAUCAUAGCAUACACGAAUGGCACACAUGUUUCCUCGUGACUUCGGUUGUUUUACUGAUCAGUGCAUUAAUAUUCGGAAUAUACGGAUCAAACGAUAUUCAGCCAUGGUCUGCACCUCCAUCUCAGGCAGCAAAGGCCAGAAGAGGCAGUUUGAAGAUUCUUUAAUUUUUGUAGAUUCAGAUUUGUAUUCACUUCACAUAAUUUACAAUUGAUAGACAGUUUGGUAUAUCAAGCUGGUUUCCUAUGUAAGUACAUAUUUUCGAACUUCCUUCCUCUCAACAAUUUGAGAUGAAUAGAAGUAGGUAAAUAUGGGUAACGAAAAAUCGAAGCCACUGAGAACAAACGUAGGUAGGUAUUUCCAGUUUUAAGAAUGCACGUAGGAAUGAAUAUUUUCUCAAAUAUCGAUCAUGCUGUCACAGGAAAGUGAAAACUUGUGUAGAAAAACAAGCACAUAAUAGGUACCUAUCUACGAGUAUUUAACAACAAACAACUGUCAAGUACAUUCUGAAUGCUCAGAAAUCAGAAUCCUAUAAGUACCUACACAAAGUCAAUAAAUGAAUGUAAAUUUUUAAAGUUUUAUAAUAAAUGUUUAAAAAAUCA